AUGGAUAGAGAACCAGAGCCCGUAGCGACCGCGACCCAUCUCAGGGCGUAUUACAGUCUUCUCAUCAUCGCAGCAGUCGGGCACGCAUGUCUACUUAUAUUAACACUAGCGUCGCAGCGGCUGCACAAGCACGGCGUCCUCAUCAACUUCUACUUGAUCUUCAUGGUCACCCUGUGGUUCGACGCUAUCCUCUGCUGGACGCAACAUAUGGAAGAUCCGCAUCCGCCCAAAUCCUUACAAAUAAUCAACGCUGUGUUUAGGCUCACAGGCACUGUAAUGAAUAGCUCGACGACGCUUAUGUGCGUCACCAAGUUCUGGGUAUCGACCAACAUCGCAGCUUCGACCAAAAUCUCCAAAUAUCUACAUUAUCUCGACAACAUCACGCUUGUCAUCUUCCCGUAUGCAGUCGGCAUUCCUUUUUUCUUUGCAUAUCUGGGGGUAUUCCUCGAUGACCGGUCUAUGGUACAUCGGACGCCCUACUACUGUGACAGCAGGCACGAACCACUCAACAUCGCCGCUACCGUAGUAGCUCUCAUCGUCAUGAUAAUGGUGAUGAUACUCGCCUUCUGGCUUGCAGGCAUCCUCAUCCGUCUACGUGCAAGCCAACGUGGACUCGUGAAAGUGCACUGGUCAGUGAACCUUCAACUCACCGCGCGCAUCCUCCUCUUCCUCUUCUAUUCCCUCACAUCCAUCACCUUGCACUGCUGGAGCUUGCGAGGGUACGAUGGAGUAAAAACGUCGUCAACUCUCGUAUUUGCGAGUACCGGAUUGAUUGCAUUCACGCUCUUCCUCAUACAGGCAGACAUACUCGCAGCUCUGAGCCAUUAUCUAGGAUUAAACAAGUCACGCGAUAAGCCAGGCGACUCAGAUCAGUUGGAAUUUACACACAUGGAUCGCAGCCGCCGAACCUCACUCAACACGCUUAAUACCUUCUUCCCGCACCCGCAGACGCCCCCGCCUACACACGUAAACGAAAAAAAGUACUCCCUGCUAGAUAGCGAGAGUGCAAACGGAUUAUAUGGUGUACAGCACCACUCCCACAGUCCCAAUGCCCUUACAACCCAGCCAAGCCACACCAGUACGCCAAAAUCAAAAUAA